UCGCUCACUUGUUUCCUUCUAUAUAACGAGCUUCAUCUCUUUCGUUUCUUCCUACAUUCCCCCCCGAACCUCAUAGUUUCUACUCCGUCUUGGGAGAGUUGGUUUCGGGUCGGAUUUUGAAUCGUCAUUUCACCAUGAGGAAUCCUCCUCUCUUUCUGAGGACACCCUUGUUAUGCUUCUUCUUGAUAUCCUUUGUUUUUGCUGCAACAUCGUGCUAUGCCGUCGAGGUCAUCGGCAUAAGCAAAUGUACCGAUUGCCACGAGAGGAACAUAAAAACUAACCAUGCCUUAUCGGGACUGAAAGUAGGCAUAGAUUGUAAAUCAAGUGAUGGGCAAUUCAAAACAAGAGGAAUUGGUGAGAUGAAUGAAGAAGGAAAGUUCAAUGUGUUGCUGUCUAAUGCCAUUGUGGAAGAUGGAAUGCUGAAGGAAGAAUGCUAUGCGCAGGUUUAUAGUGCAUCAGCCGCCCCAUGCCGCCCUGCCCAUGAUGGCCUCCAGCGCCCCAAGGUGGCUGUGGUGCCCAAAUCAGCUGGGAAGCAGCACACCUUUGGGCUGUCUGGUGAGCUCAUGUUUUCAUCAGCGACUUGUGCAUCGGCUUUCUUUUGGCCCUUCCACAAGCACCCUAAUCACUUUCCUUUGCCACUCCCUCUUGCACCUAAGUUUCACCACCAUUUCUUCCCUCCAUUGCCUCCUAAAGCGUUUCCUCCUGUGCCUAGCUAUGAAAAGCCGACUCCACCGUCUAUUCCGGUUUAUGUAAACCCUCUUCCUCCACCGGUUGUUCCUGUUUAUGUCAACCCUCUUCCUCCACCCGCACCGGUCUAUGAAAAGCCACUUCCACCACCUGCUCCGGUUUAUGAAAAGCCACUUCCUCCACCGACGCCGGUCUAUGAAAAACCACUUCCACCACCGGUUCCCAUUUACCAUAAACCUAAGCCUCCACCGGUUCCCAUGUACCAUAAACCUAAGCCUCCACCGGUUCCCAUUUACCAUAAACCUAAGCCUCCACCGGUUCCCAUUUACCAUAAACCUAAGCCUCCAUCAGUGCCAGUAUACAAGAAGCCACAUCCACCGCCGGUUUCCAUUUACAAAAAACCGAAGCCUCCACCAGUGCCGGUUUACAAAAAACCACUCCCACCACCGGUUCCCAUUUACCAUAAACCCAAGCCUCCGCCGGUUCCCAUUUACCAUAAACCCAAGCCUCCGCCGGUUCCCAUUUACCAUAAACCCAAGCCUCCACCGGUUCCCAUUUACCAUAAACCUAAGCCUCCACCGGUUCCCAUUUACCAUAAACCUAAGCCUCCACCAGUGCCAGUAUACAAGAAGCCACAUCCACCGCCGGUUUCCAUUUACAAAAAACCGAAGCCUCCACCAGUGCCGGUUUACAAAAAACCACUCCCACCACCGGUUCCCAUUUACCAUAAACCCAAGCCUCCGCCGGUUCCCAUUUACCAUAAACCCAAGCCUCCGCCGGUUCCCAUUUACCAUAAACCCAAGCCUCCACCGGUUCCCAUUUACCAUAAACCUAAGCCUCCACCAGUGCCGGUAUACAACAACCCUCUUCCACCGCCCGUCCCUAUCUACAAAAACCCUCUUCCACCGCCCGUCCCUAUCUACAAAAACCCUCUUCCACCGCCCGUCCCUAUCUACAAAAACCCUCUUCCACCGCCCGUCCCUAUCUACAAAAACCCUCUUCCACCGCCCGUCCCUAUCUACAAAAACCCUCUUCCACCGCCCGUCCCUAUCUACAAAAACCCUCUUCCACCGCCCGUCCCUAUCUACAAAAACCCUCUUCCACCGCCCGUCCCUAUCUACAAAAACCCUCUUCCACCGCCCGUCCCUAUCUACAAAAACCCUCUUCCACCGCCCGUCCCUAUCUACAAAAACCCUCUUCCACCGCCCGUCCCUAUCUACAAAAACCCUCUUCCACCGCCCGUCCCUAUCUACAAAAACCCUCUUCCACCGCCCGUCCCUAUCUACAAAAACCCUCUUCCACCGCCCGUCCCUAUCUACAAAAACCCUCUUCCACCGCCCGUCCCUAUCUAUGAAAAGCCCCUUCCACCACCGGUUCCUGUCUAUGAAAAACCCCUUCCGCCACCGGUUCCUGUCUACGAAAAACCCCUUCCACCACCGGUUCCAAUAUAUGUGAACCCACUCCCACCGCCCAAUCCAUUUUUGAAGCCAAAACAUCCCUUGUUCAAGCAUCUGCCUCCCAUUCCGGAGAUGCCCCAUCAUCCAUUUUUGAAGAAGCCAUGGCCACCAAUCCCUCACUUCCCUCCGGCUCCCAUGUUCCCACCCUAAAAUCCACCCUCUGCUUCUCAGUGUUGCUUUUCGUAAUAAGCAAUGAACAUGGUAAUGUGCAGUGGAAGUUUAGUAACUUUCAGCUGCUGCUAAUAAAAGCUUCCAUUUCUGGCAUAACAAUCGAAUAGAAUCGGAUCAGAAGGAACAGAAAGAAGCAGGAUUGAACAGUUU